GGGUUGGUAACAGUAGUACAGUCCUCCAAUCGUGAUUGUGAGCGCCUCCACCGCCACCGAGUGAGGUCAGGGUUAGGCACGGAGGGUGCUUUCCAUAAAAGGCCGCUGUUACCCUACAGCAGGACCUGUGGUCUUGGCUCCUCUGGGUCAGCCACUGCGUUUCUCAUUUUUCUGUUCCAUCGCGAAGAGCUCCAUAGAUGCCGGUAACAGGAAGAGGGAAAGGCUGAUCUCCGGGUAAAAGAAGGGGACAUCGGUACGCAAAGUGCCACCCUACAUCUCCGGGUUAAGGAGACAGGGUGACCCGACUCCAGAUUUUGAAGGGGUCGGUGGGUCUCCAAGCCCCCACCUUUUCUAGGUCUGGGGGUCAGAAGUCCUAAACUGCAGUUCGACUCACGGAUAACUCACUCAGGGACCUCGGGAGGGUCACUUUCAGCCUCCGGCCUCAGUUUCCUCGGGUGUAUCAGGUAGAUCUCGCAGCCUUCCCUAGGAAGCGUGGAGCGAGAUUAGGCAGAAGCCGGUUCCAGGGCUUUUGAGAACGUGGCUCAGUGGCUGGGCGCCGCCGGGAGGGUGGGACCCGCGGGAGGGCCGGCGGGCGCGGGGAUUGGCCCGAGGCGGAACAGCAAGGCUCAGGGAUUGGUCCAGCCCUGGAGGGCGUGUGGAAGCUUAAGAGACUCGGAGGGGGCGUGCAAGGGAGUGAGUGCCUUGCCGGCCUCCGGAUUUUGCUCGUGCGCGGCGACUGUGGCGGUGGCUACGACCGGAGCCCAGGAAGAGUAGGAGCCCUCAGAACAGAGGAGCAUCCCGGCGUCCGGCCCCCAUCGGCGUGGCCCGCGGGUUAUGGCCAAAGGAGAGGGUUCCGAGAGCGGCUCCGCGGCGGGGUUGCUGUCCCCCAGUAUCCUCCAAGCCGGCGAACACCCGGCCCAGGUGAAGGAACCAAAGAAGAAACAGCAGUUGUCAGUUUGCAACAAGCUUUGCUAUGCAGUUGGAGGGGCCCCCUACCAGGUGACAGGCUGUGCCCUAGGCUUCUUCCUGCAGAUCUACCUGUUGGAUGUAGCUCUGGUGGACCCUUUCUCUGCCUCCAUCAUCCUGUUUGUGGGCCGAGCCUGGGACGCCUUCACAGACCCUCUGGUGGGCUUCUGCAUUAGCAAAUCCUCUUGGACCCGCCUGGGUCGCCUCAUGCCCUGGAUCAUCUUCUCCACGCCCCUGGCCGUGGUCGCCUACUUCCUCAUCUGGUUCGUGCCCGACUUCUCGCGGGGCCAGGCCCUUUGGUACCUGGUUUUCUAUUGCCUCUUUGAGACACUGGUCACGUGCUUCCACGUUCCCUACUCGGCUCUCACCAUGUUCAUCAGCACCGAGCAGAGUGAGCGGGACUCCGCCACUGCCUAUCGGAUGACUGUGGAGGUGCUGGGCACGGUGCUCGGCACAGCAAUCCAGGGACAAAUCGUAGGCCAGGCGAAUUCACCCUGUGUCCAGGACCCCAGUGACUCCAUACUGGCCUCAGAAAGCGGCAAUCGCACACACAGCAUCUCUUCACUCAGACAAACGCAAAAUGCGUACCUGCUGGCAGCGGGGGUCAUAUCCUCCAUCUACGUCAUCUGUGCUGUCAUCCUGACCCUGGGUGUGCGGGAGCGGAGAGAGCCCUAUGAGGCCCAGCAGGCUGAGCCGGUUCCCUUCUUCCGGGGUCUUCGUCUGGUCAUGAGCCAUGGCCCGUACAUCAAGCUCAUUGCUGCCUUCCUCUUUACCUCCCUGGCUUUCAUGCUGGUGGAAGGGAACUUUGCCCUGUUUUGCACCUACACCUUGGGCUUCCGCAAUGAGUUCCAGAAUCUACUCCUGGCCAUCAUGCUCUCAGCCACAUUCACCAUUCCCAUCUGGCAGUGGUUCCUGACCCGCUUUGGCAAGAAGACGGCUGUGUACAUUGGCAUCUCAUCAGCGCUGCCAUUUCUCAUGUUGGUGGCCCUCAUGGAGAGUAACCUAAUCGUCACAUACGUGGUGGCCAUAGCAGCUGGUAUCAGCGUGGCGGCAGCUUUCUUACUACCCUGGUCCAUGCUGCCCGACGUCAUCGAUGACUUCCACCUGAAGCAGCCCCACUCCCAUGGCACUGAGCCCAUCUUCUUCUCCUUCUACGUCUUCUUCACCAAGUUCGCCUCGGGAGUCUCGCUGGGUAUUUCCACCCUCAGUCUCGACUUUGCCGGGUACCGGUCGCGGGGCUGCUCCCAGCCAACUCGUGUCAAGUUUACACUGAAGAUGCUGGUGACCAUGACUCCCAUCAUCCUCAUCCUGCUGGGCCUGCUGCUCUUCAAGCUAUACCCUAUUGACGAGGAGAAGCGGCGACAGAACAAGAAGGCCCUGCAGGCUCUUCGGGAUGAAGCCAGCAGCUCAGGCUGCUCUGACACAGACUCCACAGAGCUGGCCAGUAUCCUCUAGGGCCCCCUGCGUCUCCUGCAGCCACACAGAAGGCCUGUGUCACCAGCCCACACAGGGACCGGCACCUCUUUCCCUACUUGCCGAACAGCUGCUCUCUAGGUGCCAAGACAGGGACCAAAGACCGGAGAGUGUGCGGCCCGGGACACUCCUGUGUUCACGGGGGGCUGCCCAUCCUGCAGCCCCCUGCCUCCCCUCUGCCCACCCACAGGGCCAAGCCCUGGACUUGCUACUGUGAAUAUGCCAAGGACCCAUCGGGCGCAGCCCAGAACACUAAUGUAGACACUUUUUAUACAGAGACUAAUUAACUUAAUGACCGUGUACAUAGCGAUGUGUGUAUGUAUAUGUCUGUGACCUAUUAAUGUUAUUAAUUUUCAUAAAAGCUGGAAAAUGCCUGUUUCUGCCU